AUGCCUGAGCCUGGCGUCAAGGGUGAGGCGCCUCUACCCACUCGUCCAAGUCAUUGGCCUGCUAGCAGACCGCCGCAGCCGAACGAGUACCUUGGCGAGCAUGAACGAGGCCAAGAUGAGAAAGUGCUAUUGCUCGCUUCGAAUGCCCAGCCAAAGGGUCACGCGAUCCAGCACACCUUUGUUCCUAGCACGUACAAACAGUACAGCAAAGAUCAAGUGUCUAUAGACCCCGAAAAAUCACUUCGACUGGCUCAUAUAAGGCGAAUGUAUGACAUUUGUCACAUGCUCAUCCAAAGAGGCGAUCUUGCUCGAGCUAGCAGGGUCUGGACGGUCUUAGUCGGCUGUGACGAGGUCGAUCUGCGUGCAAUGUGGCAGAUCAGCUUGCUCCUUGUCUCUCACAACAGCGCCUCACUCAACGUCGCACAGGGCGAGCAGCAAGUUCGUCUUCUCAAAGAGCUGUUUGCUCAAUCAAAGAAGCCGGAGGAACGAAUCUCGUUCCUAUGCGAAAGGAUACAAGUGCUCAUCAUGCCCGGCAUCGAGCGCUUCGAUGAUGCGCUUGCCGAACUAGAACUGUAUCUGCCCUCUGAGCCUUUCAUCGACUCGGGUCUGCUCCAUCUCUACGCGGGAUAUAUCAGCCUCUACCUGGCCCAACAAGCAGCGGACCGUGUCGAUGAUUCCGACGACAUGGACGAAGAUAGCGAAGCCGCACCAUCCCUGAUGGAGCACUUGCUCCAAGCUGGUCAGUAUGCACUCAUCAACACAGCUACGCGAAGCUUUCUCCGCGCUUCGACGCUCGAAGAGCCUUAUGCACCCAUAGCGAAAGACUGGCUUACUCUCAUCGGCCACACGCCUCCUUAG